AGAUACACAUAAGAAAAACUAACGGCGAAGUGUUCUCUAAGAUUUAAGGAAAAGAGAAUGCAACAAAAGCCUUAGCCAGACUUCCAUUGAGGGCAGACUUGGUGUCAUACAUAUUUGAUCUACACCAGUGGAAGGUAACGGUUGUCUUUGGUUAUUCAUAUAGUUUUAAGCCUGGCGUCGACAAUUUUAUAUUAAAGUAUAGUUUUUAUAUGCACGUGAUUAAGGUACUUGUAGAUAUUGGAAAGAUUUCGUGCCGAGAAGACAAGAUGGAAAAUAACACAAUUAACUUUUAACCAGCAAGCUCUGUCUCUGAUGUCAAGAUGGCCGCUAUUGGGCGACACCGGUCCAAGCUGGCAGCCAUUUUUUGGACGGUGGUGAUCCACGUGCGGGGGCGUUCCUUCCUGAGCUUAUUGUGCCUUUAUGUCUUCUUUGUGGUGCUGUGGCUGGUCAUUCUACCAUUCGGAUUAGAAAACUUUAUUUUCUCGGGUUACAAUUUCCAGGCCAAAUCGGUGAAAACAAGGUAUGAAUACUGCCCCAAAGAAUGGUUAAUGAACUACUAUCCUCUGCUUGGUGCUGUUGAAACCACUUGCAAGCCACGGCAACACGUAGCUUAUCUGAAGAAUCAUAAAUGUGGCUCAACGACAAUAGUACAGAUCUUCAACAGGUACCGCAGAUUUUAUGAUUUACGUGUAGCUGAACCUAAAUAUGGAUAUCAUUUUUGGGGUCCUGUGGACGCUUCCAAGAUUCCUCGGCCCCCAAAGAUUAAGAUGGAAUUCAUCAACACCGUUCCCCUGAAUGGGACUGAAGACAAGUUUGAUAUGAUUCUACAUCAUAUGGUGUACGACGAAGAGGUCCUGAAGAGAGUGAUGCACGCCGAUACCUUCUACACAACGAUAUUACGAGAGCCGUUUUCGCAGUUUAAGUCAGUUUUUAAUGCUUUCCAUUUUGAUAAAAAGUACAACAUAUUUAACGCGGACCCCAUGCGAGAAUUUUUGAGAAACCCGCAGAAGUAUUAUCGAGGUGGCACCAAACCAGCGUCUGCUUUUGUUAGAAACAGUAUGCUUUUUCAUUUUGGGUUUCCGGAUGAAGACGACACUUUAAGAAACAAUAUUACGUUUAUAAAACAAUUUAUUGCAUAUAUAGAUAAAAAAUUUGACUUCAUCAUGAUAUCUGAAUUCAUGGACGAAAGCUUAAUAUUACUCAGACGACUUCUGUGCUGGGACAUGGAUGAUAUUUUAUUUGCUUCCAGAAAUGUCUUAAACUACACAUAUAAACAUGUUGAUGACCCUGAAUUAAGGAGACUCCACAUGCAGUGGAGUUUGGGGGACUAUUUUUUAUAUUCACAUUUUCGGCAAAAAUUUGAAAAAUUGAUGAAAGCUCAAGGUCCCGACUUUCAAGAAGAAUUGGAGGCAUUUAAAAUUUGUUUGAAAAACUUCCAAAAUGACUAUCCAUAUCAAUAGGUGUCUUAAAACAAAAUAU